AUGCUGCGUUUAACGUGUUGCUCGGCUCUGCUGUUCGUCUUGAGGCUGCUGAUGGGCCUGCCGUGGUUCCAGGUCUUACCCGCCGUUCUGAUUUUCUACCUGGGAAGCGGAGGAUGGCGCUUCCUUCGUAUUUUCGUCAAAACGAUCGGCAGAGACUUGCACGCGGCCGCGGUGCUGCUGCGGGUCAAGAUGAACGUCAAACGCCACCUGCGGGAGAAGAACACUAUUCCUGCCAUCUUUGCCGAGACGGUGCGUCGUCACGCGGACAAAACGGCAUUGAUCUUUGAAGGCACUGGUGAGAAGUGGACCUUCCGACAAUUAGACGAGUACUCAAACAAAGUGGGCAAUCUGCUGCUUCAGCGUGGCUUUAAAGAGGGUGAUGUAGUUGCCAUUUUCAUGGAGAACAGGUCGCAAUAUGUGGGUCUCUGGCUUGGCAUGGCUAAAAUUGGAGUGGAGGCUGCUCUGAUCAACUUCAAUUUGAGACUUGAGGCCUUGGUGCACUGCGUGACCAUUUCCAAUGCCAAAGCUGUGGUGUUUGGAUCUGAGUUGACUGAUGCUGUGUCUGAGGUUCACAUUUCAAUGGGAAAGACGGUACAGAUGUUUUGUUCCGGGGACUGGGACCCCAAACGGGUACCGCAGGGUACCGAGUGCCUCGAGCCUCUGCUGGCCGCUGCUCCUUUGCACAUGCCCAGUCGACCGCAACGCUGCUUCACAGAUCGCCUCUUUUACAUCUACACGUCAGGAACCACCGGGAUGCCUAAAGCGGCAAUUGUUGUGCACAGCAGGUACUACCGCAUGGCCGCUCUGGUCUAUUAUGGUUUCAGGAUGACAUCAGAUGACGUCUUGUAUGACUGCCUCCCACUCUACCACUCCGCAGGUAACAUUGUGGGUGUGGGCCAGUGUAUAAUCCAUGGCAUGACUGUUGUCAUCAGAAAGAAGUUCUCUGCCUCCCGUUUCUGGGAUGACUGCGCCAAGUACAAUUGCACUAUUGUGCAAUAUAUAGGUGAAAUUUGCCGCUAUCUGCUCAACCAACCAGUUAAGGAUAUGGAAAAACAACAUUGUGUGCGCAUGGCGCUAGGUAACGGUCUGCGUCAGUCCAUCUGGAAGGAGUUCAUGACGCGCUACAACAUUCCACAAAUAGCAGAAUUCUAUGGAGCAACGGAGUGCAACUGCAGUUUAGGAAACUUUGACAACAAGGUGGGAGCGUGCGGCUUCAACAGUCAGAUUUUACCCUUCAUCUACCCCAUCCGACUAGUGAGGGUAGAUGAAGAGACCAUGGAGCUGAUCCGAGGGCCGGACGGUGUCUGUAUUCCUUGUAAACCUGGCGAGCCCGGUCAACUGGUGGGCAGGAUCAUUCAGAAUGACCCUCUCCGUAGGUUUGAUGGCUAUGUCAACCAAUCGGCAACUAGCAAGAAGAUCGCUCAUAGUGUCUUCAAAAAGGGAGAUACUGCUUAUCUGUCUGGCGAUGUGUUGAUUAUGGAUGAGUGCGGCCACAUGUACUUCAAGGACAGGACAGGAGACACCUUCCGCUGGAAAGGAGAGAACGUCUCAACUACAGAAGUGGAAGGGACCCUCAGCAGGCUGCUGGACAUGAAAGACGUCGUCGUCUACGGGGUGGAAGUACCCGGCGCAGAAGGGAAGGCUGGCAUGGCUGCCAUCGCCGAUCCCAAUCACUCCUCCGAUCUAGAGAAAUUUGUCAAGGAUUUGGACAAGGCUCUUCCUCCAUAUGCCAGGCCGGUCUUCCUCCGAUUUCUUCCAGAAGUCAACAAGACUGGAACGUUUAAGUUCCAAAAGACAGAGCUUCGACGGGACGGCUUUGACCCCAGAGUGGUAUCGGACAAACUGUACUUCCUGGAUUCCAGCAGAGGGCGCUACGUGCAGCUCAACGAGGAGCUGUACAGCUCCAUACUUUCAGGGAAACAUAAAUUGUGA